CCUAUCGACAAAAAGAAGCAGUUGUAGUUCGCUGCAAGCAGCUCAAUGGGUGAACGUUGACAAAGACAGCCUUGUUUUUUUGACUUCGUAAAAACAUUUUCUCGGCUUUUCCCUGUCUUCCCCAUUUUCUUUCAUAUUCUGCGAGUCUAAGAGCUUUAUUUUUUUCCUGUUAGCCAAACACUCUUUUUGUUUCUUCAUAGUCGAUUUGGUUUGUUUUUAAACCCAUUUUUUCGUUGCUCAAAAUAUUCAAAUAUUCAAUCCAAUCAAAAUGUCCGGAAACCAACCAUCGGAGAUCCAAAUCAGGGUCAAUUCCCGGAAAGGAAAUAACUUGGUCCACCCAGUAGAGGUUGAGACUCAGACACCUCCAUUAUCGUCUCCCGGUCAGACCGCUUACAGAGAAAUCAAGCAUUUUAAGAAGUGGGUUCCAUGGCUAAUUCCUCUAUUUGUCAUUGCCAAUGUUAUUAUGUUUAUCAUCACCAUGUAUGUGAAUGAUUGCCCCAAGAAUUCUGAAUCCUGUAUUGCUGAUUUCUUGGGUAGGUUCUCUUUCCAGCCUUUGAAAGAGAACCCUCUUCUUGGACCUUCAUCGCAUACGCUACAGAAAAUGGGGGCUCUUGAUGUGAAAAAAGUGGUAGAUGGUGAUCAGGGAUGGCGGCUCAUCACUUGUAAUUGGUUACACGGAGGGGUUUUCCAUAUAUUGGCUAAUAUGUUGAGUCUUUUAGUCAUUGGGAUCCGGCUUGAGCAAGAAUUUGGUUUUGUCAGGAUUGGGUUGCUUUACGUCAUCUCUGGAUUUGGUGGGAGUUUGUUAUCUGCUCUUUUUAUCCAGUCAAACAUAUCUGUCGGUGCUUCUGGUGCACUUUUUGGGUUACUGGGAGGAAUGCUUUCUGAACUCAUCACCAAUUGGACAAUUUACACUAGUAAGUUGGCAGCAUUUGUUACCCUUGUGAUCAUCAUAGCUAUUAACUUGGCUGUGGGAAUACUCCCACAUGUGGACAACUUUGCUCAUAUCGGAGGAUUUCUUUCGGGUUUCUUGCUUGGAUUUGUGUUUCUGAUCCGCCCACAGUUUGGAUGGGUUAGACAAAGAUAUACUCCUUCAGGAGAUUUACCUUCCCCUAAACGUAAAUUCAAGAUGUAUCAAUGCAUAUUAUGGAUCAUUUCUCUUAUUCUAUUAGUUGUUGGGUUGACUCUUGGCCUGGUCUUGAUUCUCCGGGGAGUUGAUGCAAAUGAUCAUUGUUCUUGGUGUCAUUAUCUGUCUUGUGUCCCUACUUCAAGCUGGAGCUGCAAUACUGAGCCUGCAUACUGUGUGUCGAACCAGAUUGGUAACCAGUUGGAUUUAACAUGCUCGAGCAACAAUAAAACCUCCACGUAUAUGAUACCGGAUCCAAGCACUUCCCGGAUCCAGAGCCUGUGUACACAGCUAUGCAGUUAAUUAGAUUUAUUUAUUUAUGCGACAUAUUUGUGAGUUUGUUACUAUGUAAUUUAUUGCCUUUUUUUUUUUUUUUUUAUUUGAGAUAGUUGUAGAUUAUUUUGCUAUGCUAAUUUUUAUUUGCACCUUUCAUUUUUCCUUGUA